CCAAACUGUUCCUUGACUGGCUUGACUUCAGAGCUUGAUUAAGGCCUCUUUUGAUCCCGCCUAAAGUAAAGCAAGUUAAGCAGCUAGGUCUUUGCUGUUCAGUGUUAUAGUCUUGUUCUGAGGCCAGACCUGGCCUUGGGGUAGCUUCUUCAUGGCCACUAGUCAAAUUUGUUUAGGUGUUGAUGAUCUUGUUGAUGUUCUUGAUUUAUUAAAGAGAUGUGGUUUUCCUAAAGCAAAUUGGUAUGACCUUGGACUGAGACUAGGACUAAAGAAGAGUACUCUUGAUGUCAUAGAAAAGAAUCAUCCUCAUGAUGUAUCUCGCUGUAUGACAGAGUGCCUCUCCCAAUGGUUAGGUAGAGCUGAUAAUGUUGACAGUAGAGGAGGAGCCAACUUGGACUCACUGUCAGAUGCUCUACGAUCUAUGAAUGAAACUGCUGUAGCUGAGAAGUUAAGUGAGUCAGUCAUAACUGUAUGUAACUAUAAUCAUUGUAUUUUCUACCAUAGAACAUCAGGUUUUUAUUAA